GACGAAGAGGAGUCGCUGAACGAGGUGGGCUACGAUGACAUUGGCGGCUGCCGGAAGCAGCUGGCUCAGAUCAAGGAGAUGGUGGAACUUCCCCUCCGGCACCCAGCACUCUUCAAGGCCAUCGGGGUGAAGCCUCCACGUGGGAUUCUGCUGUAUGGUCCUCCUGGAACUGGUAAAACACUGAUUGCCCGAGCGGUGGCCAACGAAACAGGGGCUUUCUUCUUCCUGAUCAACGGUCCUGAGAUCAUGAGCAAGCUGGCUGGUGAAUCAGAGAGCAACCUGAGGAAAGCCUUUGAAGAAGCAGAGAAGAAUGCUCCUGCCAUCAUCUUCAUUGAUGAACUGGAUGCUAUUGCUCCUAAGAGAGAGAAGACCCACGGGGAGGUGGAACGCCGCAUCGUGUCUCAGCUGUUGACUCUCAUGGAUGGACUGAAGCAGAGAGCACACGUGAUCGUCAUGGCAGCUACCAACAGACCUAACAGCAUCGACCCGGCGCUCCGGCGAUUCGGCCGCUUUGACAGGGAGGUGGAUAUCGGUAUCCCAGAUGCCACCGGACGCCUGGAGAUCCUGCAGAUCCACACGAAAAACAUGAAGCUGGCUGAUGAUGUGGAUCUGGAGCAGGUGGCAAAUGAGACCCAUGGCCAUGUUGGUGCUGACUUGGCUGCUCUUUGCUCUGAAGCUGCUCUUCAGGCUAUUAGAAAGAAGAUGGAUCUCAUAGAUUUAGAAGAUGAAACCAUUGAUGCUGAAGUGAUGAACUCGCUGGCUGUGACCAUGGAUGACUUCAGGUGGGCUCUGAGCCAGAGCAACCCUUCUGCUCUUCGGGAGACUGUGGUGGAGGUGCCACAGGUUACCUGGGAAGAUAUUGGUGGUUUGGAAGAUGUAAAGAGAGAGCUCCAGGAGCUUGUGCAGUAUCCUGUGGAGCACCCAGACAAGUUCCUCAAAUUUGGUAUGACACCAUCGAAAGGUGUUCUGUUCUACGGGCCACCUGGCUGUGGUAAGACACUGCUGGCUAAAGCCAUUGCCAACGAGUGCCAGGCAAACUUCAUUUCCAUCAAGGGUCCGGAAUUGCUCACCAUGUGGUUUGGUGAAUCUGAAGCUAAUGUGCGCGAGAUCUUUGACAAG